AUGGCCAGCCUCAGGAAUAUCAUGAACAAUGUCGAUGACGACGCUCAGCCUUGCAGUUCGUCGUCUAGACCCGUUCCGCAUUCCUCCUCUCUCUCCAAUUCGAGUUAUCCCGCUUCAUCUGACCUGUCCAUGCACAACCAUCCUUCGCCAUCAGAGUACUCUCGAGGUGCUUCUCCACACAGCGCAUAUUCGCACACUUCCGAGUCCUCUACAACUCGCCAUCUUCAGCAUCAUCUUCCUCCGCCUGGCGGCCGCCGGGAAAGCGGAGGCAACGAACCUGUGGGCUUUUCGUAUUCGCACGGCCAAUCGUAUGGUGCAGGCCCUGACAUGCGCCCGAUGAUGCCAGCCGGUACCAUGGGCGAGCCUGGUGUCAAAUUGACCCCGAUAACUGGAAGAGUUAGUCGAGCCAAGAAAGGUGUCCCGGUGCACACAUGCGAAAUAUGCCGUCCGCCAAAGACAUUCUCCCGCGCCGAGCAUCUGAGACGACAUCAGCUCAGCCACAAGCCGCCGGAUUUGACAUGCAGUGUCCCGGGCUGUAACAAGGCCUUUCACCGUAAAGACUUACUCGAAAGGCAUCAACAGAGGCAUGAGCAGGACGAGCAACUGGCAUCGGAUGAUCCCCGCCUUCACGAAUCUUCUCCUCGACGACGAGGUCAGAGCUUUGGCAGCUCUUCGCCAUCCAGAGCGAUGCAAAUGGGCUCAUAUGGUGCGCCAAACUCGGCCCACAGUCCGAUAUCGAGCACACCAAGACACGAGACAUCUGGACAUAAUAACUGGAGCUCUGCCAGUCGUUCCUUUGGUCAUUCACUGCCGCCGCCCAGAAUAUCUGCCAGCCCUCAGCAAUACUAUGCACAAAGCCCGCAAAGUCGAUAUUCCGCCGACUCGACCCCACCAUCGCAAGAGGCUUCUCCCCCAAGUGAGGCUCACCAUAGUCUCAAUUCUCCAGAGAGUGCUGGCCACAAAACACCAGAAGCAGGCCACGAUUUCUACAUGUCCGAUGGCGACCAGUCUAACAGCACUGAUAUUGCAUCCUCUGCAACGGGAAGCCUCUACUCUACGCCGUCAGACAGUUCAAUUGACCGAUUCAGAAGCGCAGGAUCCUCUAACACUGAUUUGAAAUUUGCCGCGGCAAAGCUCACUGCCUCACCAGAUGUGUAUUAUAGCGCUGGAAGAUCGCUCACCUCCAGCUAUGAUUUCGGCCUUGCUGAGUCUUCCACCGGUUUUUAUAUGCGCAAGCAAAGUACAGGAGUUGGGUUCCUUCUUUCUGGCUAUGAGGAGGAGUCUGUUCUGAUAGCCGAGCCUCUUCUCGCAAACACGGCUAUGCGAACCCUGACCAUGCCAAUCGAUGUAGGUAAAUCUACGGAUGUUCUCAUGGCCGCACCAGCCGCAGUUUUCCAGGACAGGACGAUGCUACCGCAGCACUCUGUGCUUUCCUCUGACAUAGCUUUGAUGGAUCGUUCAGUAAUGCAGGGCAUUCCGAGUCUAGCACUGGGCCAAGGUGUUCUUGAUGCUGUGCCAGUCUAUCUCGAAGUGUAUUGGAAUAAGGUCCAUCCAAUGUAUCCGAUCAUUCAUCGAUAUACCUUUGAGAAGGCCCUCGAGAGCGCGUCUGAUACUGCGGAUAUUCUGCAGUGCGCAAUGGCGGCAGUUGCGACACAGUUCCUUGGACACGAGGACCACAGAAUGAACGGAGGCGAACUUCACUUCAACGCAACCUGCAGGCUAGAGGCGGCAAGUUUUUUGAAAUCUUCGUAUCAAAUUGACGUUCUAACAUCUGUGCUACUCUCGGAGUAUUACGUGCGCUUUCGAGGACGCGAUAAAGACGCAUUUCAAACAUCCGAGUUAUUCAAGCGCCUCUAUCAAGAAGUUUAUGUCAAGGUCACAUUGCCCCAAGCAACUACAGUUUUUGGCCGACCGGAUACAUGGGAGGCAUGGGUCGAAGACGAAACGCAUCGACGCCUCCUUGCUUCCUGCUUUUUGCUCGAUGUUCACUGCAUGCGCUACUUUGAGCGUGCCCCAGUAUCUGUUCCUGGACUGGACUAUUUCUCGCCAAGUACUCUGGCUAUUCCUCUCAGCGCCAACACCACCAAGCUCUGGGAAGCCACAGCUAUGGAGUCAUGGUUCAAGUUGAACCCCCAGUGUACGCGACUAAGCGUCGCACUGGCAAUUUCACAAGGGUACAAACCGCUGGAUAUACAGGAGUCCUCGCCAUUCGAUGCCUCGGUUCUUCUUGCUGCAUACUCUCUCCAGUUUCCCUCGCGACAAAAUCCUACUCGUCUUGACCUGAUUCAAGACCUCUCUGGAGUCGACAUGAGCCAGAUCAAUGUUUUGAACUUGUUUGCACACUCGGCCGUCGCCAACGCCUACCUGGCUCUUCAUUUCACACCCCUGCACGUCGUCCUUUCUAUAACGGGCGACAGCUGGGUAUUCAACAAAAAGGUUCUUCGCCUGUCGGCAUAUGCACAGCAACAAAGCCAGCUGUCCCGUUGGCGUGACUCGGGAAGUUCGGCAGCGGCCGCCACAUUUGCCGCGCGAGCUUUGGUCGCGUUCCUAAGUCUUGGAUCUGAUGGAAGUCGAAUCGCGGCAGUGGCUUCUUCCCCUUGCUAUGAUAUUUCUGAUUUUUGGGGCAUCUACGUAUGUGCUCUCAUCUGCUGGGCUUUCGGUCAUGUUGGCAAAGAUGGAAGCGACACAGGGAAUGACGUAAGCUCUCGGCCGGCGGCUCUCCAGUGGCUGCAAAACGCCGCGAAAUUGCAGCCGGCGCAAGUUCAGCGUCUCGGGGGUCGACGCAACGCGCGAGCCGUGGUGGGACUCGCGCGCGAGGCUCUGGAGCGUGAGCACUUAGGUGGCCGCAGUAUUCUGCUUGCGGAUGCUAUCGGUGUUUUGAGGAAGUUGGAUGAUCGGAAUAGCUGCAAGCGAUUUUAA